AUGUUCGGAGAAGGUCGGGCCUGGGAGGACAUGAAAUCUCUGGGGCGCGCUGAUUGCAGCGCGGAACGCCGUCGGCGCUGCCGCGUCGCCUCUCAGAGCGAUGCCAGACAGCGGGAGGUGAGCACGGCGUUCGCGGACGCGCUGUUCGUGCACCCGUACAACGCCCCGAAGAGCAGGAUUUUGACGCGGCGAGCGGCGAAUGCGGCAGCCAAUGCUGGGAAGCAGCUCCUCUGGGUGGUGGCGCGCGACGCCCCCCUCACUCGGGGCGACGCAUGCAGGUCCAAGGAGGCGCUCGCGAACGCCAGGCUGAAUUGGCUCAUGUACCCAGAGAACAAGACAGGCGGAGUUCCUGGCGUGCUUCGGAUCUUCCAUGGGAUGCGCGCUCGCUUCGCCGCGACGGAGAAUGCGGAGGCGGGAGCUUGCAAGCACUCCUGGGGGACUGUGACGGGCUGGGCCCUUCACCCCGACGACUCGAAGCUGGUGGGCGAGCACGGGUCCGAGCGAGAGCUGGUGCUGCAGCGCGUGCCCGACGCGAUCAUGGUGAAAAUCCCCGGGAGCACGGCGCGCCCCUUUGGCAAUCAGCUGGCGGGUGUCUUCCCCGUGAAGCAGGAAGUGUCCUGGGAUCGCAGUCCCGGCUUCAAGGCCAUGGUGAAGCGCGCGGGGUGCACGCUGGCCCAGCACUUCGCCGCCGCGGCCCACUGCGUCGCCGGCGCCGCGCUGCCUCAGGCCAUCGUCGACCACCUGGACGCGCGGAGAGCUGACGACUUGAUCAUCGCGCAGCCCUUUUCGCCGAUGCUUUUCCGCCAGGGGCGCCAAACUGGCCCGUGGCUCCUGCGCCCCCUGACAGCUAGGGAGAUGACGACGGGGCAGGCGAGAGCCGGCUGGGCCAGAUCAGAGAAGGAGGCGGCGACCAGGUCGUCCAAGAAGUUGGUGGACGCCACUUUCCAGUGCGGCGACUGCCACCGGCGGAGGGGAUCGGGCAACUUCUCGGGCAGUGGCAUGAGACCGAGCGAUCCCGUGGAGCACGCCGUGGCGGUGCUGAGCCAGGGUGCGUGGGGGAGGCGCGCCCUCUGCGCGCAGAAGCAGGCCGGAAAGGCUGGAAUAGGCGUGGGACCCGCCCGUUCCGCGCCCUUCUCCUUUAGAGGGGCGGGCGUCCUCGAGCGCUGCAAGUGCGGGGAGGAGAAGGCACUGGCCCACUUCAGACUCGGAGAGGUGAACGUCCUGAAGGCGCGGGGGGGCCUCGACCGCGCCAUUUGCAUCGGCUGCGCUCCAGGUCGGCUGCGCUUCAACGUGCAGUCGGAAGACCGCCUGUUCAAGCGCGCGCAGUGCGCGGACCAGAAGCCGAAGGAGGAGUUCGACGAGACAAUCUUCAAAAACCACGGCGGGGCGAAGGACCUGAUUUGCACGGACUGA